CGUUUUGUUUUUAGAGGUGAUUAUUUGUAAUUCGUAAGCUAGACUGGCAAGUACGAUUUCCAGUGGAAUCACUGAUUGUAACACGGAACUUUUUGGUACGUUUUGUUUUUAGAGGUGAUUAUUUGUAAUUCGUAAGCAAGACUGGCAAGUACGAUUUCCUGUGGAAUCACUGAUUGUAACACGAAACUUUUUGGUACGUUUUGUUUUUAGAGGUGAUUAUUUGUAAUUCGUAAGCUAGACUGGCAAGUACGAUUUCCAGUGGAAUCACUGAUUGUAACACGGAACUUUUUUGGUACGUUUUGUUUUUAGAGUUUUUUCAGCUAUGGGUGAUUCCAUGCAGGGUGUAUUUUUUGGACAAGGUAAACACCGAUUGUGGUCCUACAACAGUAAUGAAGGAGGAAGUAGCCUUAGUUUAUAUGUGGAAAAGAAUGUUUCCAUAGGUAAAGUAAAAGCGAAUGGAGAAUCUGAAGCUGAAGCAUUGAUAACUUUUGCAAAAGCUCAGGAUAAGCACGAGGCAGAUUUUUACAACCUGCUGUUUGCAAAAAAUGAAGAGACGUACUGUUUAGAUGAAAAGAAUGGCAAAAUUUUUGCAGUGAAAAAGAGCUCAAGCUCGUUUUAUCUAUCUCCGAAAGAAUUAAGGACGCCAAAUGAUGGUUUCUUUGUGCUACAAAAGUAUAAAGAUCCAAAAGAAGGUGGACCUGAUCUGUACUUAUACAGUAAUGGCAAGGGGAAGUUGUCAUUACAACCUUGGAAUGUCAAAGGAACUAGUCCUGCAGAUGAUUUGGUCCUUGGAGCCGAUCCUGGUUUUAUGUUCCGCGCUGUAAAAGUUUUGGGACAAUAAAUAAAUCAUUCAUCAUUACAAUGGAAAAGUAUAAAUUUGACUUGAAUUUUGUAUUAAGGUAGCAAGUUUUUAUAUGGUGUGAUUUUACAUGACUUCGAAGCAGCAUUUGUUUGCUUAAUUUAAAUAUAUGAAUAACAAAAAAUGUUUCCAAA